AGUCCCGCCUCCUGCAGGCUCCCCCUCGGGGGCAGUGCGACAGCUGUUGGGACAGCAAGCUGCUGGGCCUGCAGCUAGGGACCGAGAGAAAGUAUGAAGCCAUCCUGGUUGCAAUGUCGCAAAGUAACAGGCGCCGGGACGCUGGGGGCACCUCUGCCAGGAUCCCCUUCAGUAAGAGGAGCCGGUGUGGCCCGAAGGGCAUUGGUGGCCGGGUUCGGAGGCAGGGGCUGCAGGGCUCUGACCACCGGCAGUGGUGGCGAGUACAAGACCCACUUCGCAGCCUCUGUGGCAGACCCGGAGAGAUUCUGGGGUAAAGCUGCUGAGCAGAUAAGUUGGUACAAGCCCUGGACCAAAACGCUAGAGAACAGAUACCCGCCUUCCACUAGUUGGUUUGUGGAGGGGGUGCUUAAUAUUUGUUACAAUGCUGUUGAUCGGCACAUUGAAAACGGCCAAGGGGAUAAGAUUGCUAUCAUCUACGACAGUCCUGUUACAGACACCAAAGCAACUAUCUCCUAUAAGGAAGUCUUGGAACAGGUCUCUAAGCUGGCUGGUGUGUUGGUCAGGCAGGGUGUCAAGAAAGGUGAUACGGUGGUCAUCUAUAUGCCCAUGAUCCCACAAGCAAUGUACACCAUGCUGGCGUGUGCAAGGAUAGGAGCAAUCCACAGUCUCAUAUUUGGAGGAUUUGCAUCCAAAGAAUUAAGUACACGCAUUGAUCACGCGAAGCCUAAGCUGGUUGUUACAGCAUCAUUCGGCAUCGAACCAGGAAGGAAGGUCGAGUACAUCCCACUUCUAGAAGAAGCUCUAAAAAUAGGACAGCACAGACCAGACAGAAUUCUCAUUUACAACCGUCCAAAUAUGGAGAAAGUUCCUUUGAUGUCAGGUCGUGAUCUUGAUUGGGAAGAAGAAAUGGCAAAAGCCCAGUCCCAUGACUGCGUGCCUGUUCUCUCAGAGCAUCCCUUGUACAUCCUCUACACAUCUGGAACAACUGGACUGCCUAAGGGCGUGGUUAGACCCACCGGGGGCUAUGCUGUCAUGUUGAACUGGACAAUGUCUUCUAUAUAUGGACUCAAACCUGGAGAGGUAUGGUGGGCAGCUUCUGACUUAGGCUGGGUUGUUGGACAUUCCUAUAUUUGCUAUGGACCUCUUCUGCAUGGAAACACAACAGUUUUAUAUGAGGGAAAGCCUGUGGGAACACCGGAUGCUGGAGCUUAUUUCCGUGUGCUUGCAGAGCAUGGAGUGGCUGCCUUGUUUACAGCACCAACCGCAAUUAGAGCCAUCCGUCAACAGGACCCUGGGGCAGCCUUGGGGAAGCAGUACUCUCUGACAAGGUUCAAGACCCUGUUUGUGGCUGGGGAAAGAUGUGAUGUGGAGACCCUAGAAUGGUCCAAAAAAGUCUUUCGAGUUCCUGUUCUAGACCAUUGGUGGCAAACAGAGACUGGAUCCCCCAUAACAGCAUCAUGUAUUGGAUUAGGUAAUUCCAAAACACCUCCACCAGGGCAAGCAGGAAAAUGUGUUCCAGGAUACAAUGUUAUGAUUUUGGAUGACAACAUGCAAAAACUGAAGGCUAGAAGCUUAGGAAAUAUUGUGGUAAAGUUGCCGUUACCACCUGGGGCUUUUUCAGGACUCUGGAAGAAUCAGGAAGCAUUCAAGCACUUGUACUUUGAGAAAUUUCCUGGAUACUAUGACACAAUGGAUGCUGGCUACAUGGAUGAGGAAGGCUACCUAUAUGUGAUGUCCCGAAUGGACGAUGUAAUAAAUGUUGCAGGCCACAGAAUUUCUGCAGGGGCUAUUGAGGAGUCAGUCCUUUCACAUGGCACUGUGGCUGACUGUGCUGUGGUUGGCAAGGAAGACCCCUUGAAAGGUCAUGUCCCCUUAGCACUCUGUGUGUUGAAGAAAGAUAUAAAUGCAACAGAAGAACAAGUUUUGGAAGAGAUUGUGAAACAUGUUAGGCAGAGCAUUGGCCCCGUGGCUGCUUUUCGAAAUGCAGUUUUUGUCAAACAGUUACCCAAAACCAGGUCUGGUAAAAUUCCACGCUCUACACUGUCUGCCCUGGUCAAUGGCAAGCCUUAUAAGGUCACCCCUACAAUUGAGGACCCCAGCAUUUUUGGUCACAUCGAAGAAGUACUGAAGCAGGCUGUGUGAUUUUGUUUACUAUUUUCAAUUACUUUGCUUAAAUUUCUAGCUGGAUUUAAGUCAUUUAUUUCCUAUAAAUAUAUACUUGAAGAAAUGCCUUAUCAACUCAAAUAUGAGCUAUAGUGUUGAGUCAAUCUAGUGGCCUCUGAAAGAGUCUGUACAUUGUGUUUCAUGUGAGCCAGUUUGUACUGUUACCUCUUUUCUGUAACCUGGAUCAUUAUAUGCUAUGUAGUGUAUUAAGGGACAUGUCUUUGGUGUAUAGUUUUACAAAUUCAUUUGCUUUACAAACACAUUUUAAUUGAAAGUAUCUGAACUAUAAAUGUACUUUCUAGAGGUAAGAAUCAACCACACUUUGAUCAAAAUCUAAACUGAAAUCAAAGUCAGAAUAUAGUUUAAAAUGUUAUUGUGGAGACUCAAAUGUCGUUUAAUAUUUUAAAGGUGGCUACCAUGCUUUUAGGUAAUUAUCAAUACAGAAUAGGUUGCCUAGCAACACAGGACCCAGUGUUGAGCAGCACUUCUAGGUUGCUUGUUACUGGGUAACGGGGAGGGGGAGACAUGUAUCCGGACAAGAACCUAGACAUCCUUCAACCAAAUAUUUUGAAGAGAUGAAGACUUCUGGAAUCUCCUGUCAUGGUUGACUCUGUGUAUCUGGAUGCCUUCAUUUUCCAAUGGAAUCAAGGGAGAACCUCCAAAUGGAAAGGCAUGACAAGAAAGAUGUUACAAGAAAUUGAAACGUUUUCUUCUGCUAAAUGUCAGUAAAUUUUCAGAGCCAUGUCAAUAGCAAUGAGUCUUCUUUCUUUCUUUCUUUCUUUCUUUCUUUCUUUCUUUCUUUCUUUCUUUCUUUCUUUCUUUCUUCUCCCUCCACCUCCCUCUGCCCCCUUCGCUUUCUCUUUUUUAACAAUGUUGUUUCCUAGGUUGGCCUCACAAAUCCUGGUCCUCCUGACUCUUACUUACAUCUGCUGAGGUUAGAAGUGUGUUACUUCCACAUUAUCAUUUAUUUUCCUCUUAAAAGGGCUGAACCAAGAACCUUGUGUAUGUUAGGUAAGCCCUCUUCCUCUGAGCUAUACCGUUGGUGCUCAGUGAAUUUAUGGUGGUCCUUGAGGUGCAUAUCCCAACAAGUGCUUUUAAGAACAAUAUACAGCCAUAAAUCCUGGAAAUUAUGUGCUCCAUCAAGGGUGCAGGUCUAUCAGAUCCCAAAGAAAUAUGGCUCAGGAGAGUGGCUGUACUGAACUGCAAGAGCCUCUGGUUUUCAAGAAAACCCUAAACAUUUACUUUUAUUACAAGUUUUAAUUUGAAUUUGAAUAAAUAUCAAAUCAUCUAAAACUUAUGGUCUAAUAUAUAUUUCUGUCUACACUUCUCUAAAAUAAUGGAGCCUUUUCAAAAAUGGAGAUAAGUCUUUAAUUAGUUUAUAGAACUAUAUCCAUUUACUAGAAUAGAAAUAAAUUGUUGAUUAACCAACUUAGAGUUCUACAUGUGUUAUGUUUUAGAAUGUACACUUAAAUUCAAAAUGUAUACUGUGUUCAUUGAAUCUCUGAGAGUUCUUGGAAUAAUUUCUCAAUUCUUCAUUUUUUUGGAAAUAUUAUGAAGAGCGCAUUGUCUUCAUAGAAGAUAGUCUAAAUAGAUGAAAUGUAGGUAAGAAACAACAUAUUAGAAUUUACUGGUCACAAAAGUUAUGCGUAUCUUGCAUAAAGCUCUCAUUUUAACUCUUUGUGGUCUGUGUCCUAACAGAUAAUUCCAAAUACAAGAAAUAUAGUUGAGAAUUAACAGAUUGCAACUUGCCUGUCAUAAACAUUAUAUCUCUAUCUGUCUAUCUAUCUAUCUAUCUAUCUAUCUAUCUAUCUAUCUAUCUACCUAUCUAUCUAUCAUCUAUCUAUCUAUCUAUCUAUCUAUCUAUCUAUCUAUCUAUCUAUCUAUCAUAUAUAAAGGCUUCAUUUAGUCUACUUUGGGCUGAAGAUUGGAUAAUAAAUGGCUUCUCAAUGGGAAGAUUUAUUGAUUAAACUACCUUCUUUAUUAGUAAUAUCGAAAACAUACUUUUUAUCAUCUUUAAUUAUUUUGGUGUUCUGAAUUAAACCAACUGACAUUUUGUAACUUGAA